GCGGCUGGUUUGAGCUGGUGCGUCUCCAUGACGACACGCGCGGCGCUAUAAGUAGCGGAGCAGCGGCGCGUCGGGCUUUGUCAGUCCCCUCGGCCUGCGCCGCCGCCUCCCCUCUCCCAGCGCUCCGGUGCCACCUCGGGCCGGCAGUCCUCCGCGGGAGGGAGCGAGGCGGCGGGCCGGAGGCAGGGCGGGCGCUGACGGGGCGCUCGCGCUCGGCAGCUUCGGCGGCAUCUUCAUGGGGUCGGCUUGAGGCUCUGUGCGCGGCGAGGACAGUGCCGCUGCUGCAGCCAGAGAAGGCCCAUCUUCUGAGGGACUUGGAAUUCCCAGAGAGCUGCCUUUGUGAAGAGCUGGCAAUAAUUCCUUUAGAUUCCAUCUUCGUUUUCCUUUUUGUGGAGUCUCAGACAAACAUCCAGAGAUCAUGAACAGCUUUACUGAUGAAGAGUUUGGCUGCCAUUUCCUUGAUGAAGGCUUUACUGCCAAGGACAUCCUGGACCAAAAAAUCAAUGAAGUUUCUUCUUCCGACGAUAAGGAUGCCUUCUACGUUGCGGACCUGGGAGACAUCCUGAAGAAACAUCUGAGGUGGUUGAAAGCUCUACCUCGGGUCACCCCUUUUUAUGCAGUCAAGUGCAAUGACAGCAGAACCAUAGUAAAGACCCUCGCUGCCAUCGGGACGGGGUUCGAUUGUGCCAGCAAGACGGAAAUACAAUUGGUGCAGAGUCUCGGCGUACCUCCAGAGAGGAUCAUCUAUGCAAAUCCUUGUAAACAAGUGUCUCAGAUUAAAUAUGCUGCCAAUAAUGGAGUCCGGAUGAUGACUUUCGAUAGUGAAGUCGAGUUGAUGAAAGUGGCCAGGGCACAUCCAAAGGCCAAGUUGGUUUUGCGGAUUGCCACUGAUGAUUCCAAAGCAGUGUGUCGUCUCAGUGUUAAAUUUGGUGCCACUCUCAAGACCAGCAGGCUGCUCUUGGAGAGGGCAAAAGAGCUCAAUGUCGAUGUCAUCGGUGUCAGCUUCCACGUGGGCAGUGGCUGCAACGACCCUGAGACCUUCGUGCAGGCCAUCUCCGAUGCCCGCUGUGUCUUCGACAUGGGGGCUGAGGUCGGUUUCAACAUGUAUCUUCUGGAUAUUGGUGGUGGUUUUCCUGGAUCUGAAGAUGUAAAGCUUAAAUUUGAAGAGAUCACCAGUGUCAUCAACCCAGCUCUGGACAAGUAUUUCCCACCCGACUCAGGAGUGACACUCAUAGCGGAGCCAGGCAGAUACUAUGUUGCAUCAGCAUUCACGCUUGCAGUUAAUAUCAUCGCCAAAAAACUGAUGUUAAAGGAACAAACGGGCUCCGACGAUGAAGAUGAGUCGAGUGAGAAGACCUUUAUGUAUUAUGUGAAUGACGGAGUAUAUGGAUCAUUUAAUUGCAUUCUCUAUGAUCAUGCGCACGUGAAGCCCCUUCUGCAAAAGAGGCCCAAACCCGAUGAGAAGCAUUACUCAUCCAGCAUAUGGGGGCCGACGUGCGACGGCCUUGACCGCAUCGUAGAGCGCUGCGCCCUGCCCGAGAUGCACGUGGGGGACUGGAUGCUCUUUGAAAACAUGGGGGCUUACACCGUUGCUGCUGCUUCCACUUUCAAUGGGUUCCAGAGGCCGACCGUCUACUACGUGAUGCCAGGGCCAGCAUGGCAACUGAUGCAGCAAGUCCAGAACCGCGACAUCCUGGCCGCCGUGGAGGAGCAGGACGGGAGCGCCCUGCGGGUGUCCUGCGCCUGGGAGAGUGGGAUGGAGCGCCACCCAGCAGCCUGCGCUUCGGCUCGUAUUAAUGUGUAGAUGCCGUUCAUGUAGCUGUUACUGCGAGGGCUGACAGAAUUGCCCCAGAGGACUGAGGACUCAGUGGUGUUUUACUGUGAAACUCCGUGGGCGUGCCCUUCUCCGUUCGGCCUUUUCGUUUCCAGUGCGUGGCUCCUGUGUAGAGUUGGCUGGGGGUUCUCAUGAAGCUUAGAUUUGGUUCUGUGCUGGUAGAAGGAAAAGGAUGGGUGAGAAUCCCAUGUCCCCUGCUGCUGACAGUGGCCAGUGUCUGCUGUGGUGGCUCAGCCCUACCCCAGUGUCCACAGAGGUGGCUGGGACGUGGCCCAGAGCCUGUUAACCCACGGCCUGCCCCCAUCACAGCCAGUGCCCAGGGAAGGCGGGCCAGGUCCUCAGAGGCCUGUCAUAGGGACCAGGGCCACUGCCUUCCUGCCCAGACCUCACUCCCAGAAUGAGUUGCAUAGUUCCAAGUCGGGAAUGUAGUACAGCAUUUGGCAGUCAUUUUAAUAAAUUCAGCAACAAAUUAU